UGCGGUUGUUUCGUUUUGUCGCGAGCGCUCAGUUUUUUUUCUCUUCUCUCUCUCUCAGUGUUGUGUCCCGCAUAAUCCAGUGAAAAUCGGUGGAAAAGUUGGCUUUGGUGCGAUUGAAAUGUGUCCCUGAAUCGUGGGAAUCGACGCCAACCAUGGUGCCAUAAAGUGGGUCGAGACGGGUCGAUCCUGUGUGUGCGAAACGCCUGCUGCGAUUGUUGGAAGAAGGUGGUGGAGGAGUAGGUGGAAGAAGAAGCAGCAAACACAACUUGACCCCGGGUGAGGGGGAAGGUAAUUCGGGAGGAUGAGUUCCGGACCGAGCGCGCCGGAGAUCGAGACGGUCACCAUCAUCAGCGAUGACUCGGACAUUGAAAUGACGGAGGUGACUCCGAAGGUGAAGGGAGGGGGGCCGAAGGUUGAGAUAUCCGGGGGAGGAGCGGAUGAGGUCGAGGGUCGUCGGAUUAGCCGGAGGAAGAAGCCGAAGGUGGAGUACUCGGACACGAAGCCGGUGGCGGCGGCGGGGUCGGUCGCGUCGGAUAAUGGCGGUGGGAAGGCGGAACCGCGCGUUGAGCCGAAGGUGAAGAAAAGGGAGCCGGAACCGGUGGCGGCUGCGGUAGGGAAGGAGGAGGGAAAGGGCGAGGCGGAGGCGAACCCGCACAAGGAGAUUCUGACGGGGUUGGAGGGUGCGGCGUUCCAGUCGAGGUUGCCGUUUGAGAAGAUGACGGCUUCGGAGGCGGUUUGCUUUCCGGAGAUUACGAAGCACGGGUUGGUGGCGCAGCGGGUGUUUUUGAACGUGCGGAACCGGAUUCUGCAGAUGUGGAUCGAGAAUCCGACGGUGCAGUUGACGGUGGAGAACGCGUUGAAGAACAUGGAGCAGCCGUUCGAUAGCGAUCAGAAUCUGGUCCGGAAGGUGCACGCGUUUCUGGAGCGGCAUGGGUUCAUCAAUUUUGGAAUCUUCAAGCGGUUGAAACCGUUGCCGAGCAAAAAGCUGGCCAAGGUCAUCGUGAUUGGGGCGGGGAUCUCCGGCCUGUCGGCGGCUCAACAGCUGCAGCAGUUUGGCUUUGACGUGAUCGUGCUGGAGGCGAGAGACCGCGUCGGAGGACGGAUAGCAACGUUCCGGAAGAAUGCCUACACCGCGGAUCUGGGCGCGAUGGUCGUGACUGGAAUCUGGGGAAACCCGAUCACGAUCCUGAGCAAACAGACCGGCAUGGAAAUGUGCCCCAUCAAAACCGCAUGCCCGCUGUACGGAGCCGGUGGAAAACCGGUCCCGAAGCACAAAGACGACAUGGUCGAGCGCGAGUUCAACCGUCUGCUGGAAGCGACCAGCUAUCUCAGCCAUCAGCUAGACUUUAACUACGCCGGAAACCAUCCGGUCUCGCUCGGACAAGCCCUCGAGUGGAUCAUCAAAUUGCAGGAAAAGCACGUCAAAGAAAAGCAAGUCCAACACCUCAACAACAUCAUCGCCUGGCAGCGCAAACUCGUAGACAACCAAAAGGCCAUCCAGGACACGAUGGACUCGAUCGGCGUCCUCCGCGUCAAACACCAGCAGCUCGUCGACGCAAAACCCCCCAAACCAGCCGAACCGGACGCCGGCUACAUCGAGCACGAGUUCAACAUCCGCUCAACCGCUCGCGACGAACAACUCGCCUGGAAGGAGAUCGAACGGCUGCGCACUAGUCAGACGGAGAUCGAGACCAAACUGCGCGAACUCGAAACCGAACAAAUCAGCGAAGUCUACCUGUCCUCGAAAGACCGCCAGAUCCUGGACUGGCACUUUGCCAACCUCGAGUUCGCCAACGCAACCCCGCUCUCCAAUCUCUCCCUCAAGCACUGGGACCAGGACGACGACUUUGAGUUCAUCGGCAACCACACCACCGUCAAGAACGGCUACUCGUGCGUCCCGAUCGCCCUCACCGAAGGUCUCGACGUCCGGGUCAACACCGCCGUCAAGCGCAUCAAAUACUUCCCCGGCGGCGUCGAAGUCACCGCAGAUCUCAAAUCCAACAGCUCCACCGUCCACUACAAGGCGGACCUCGUCCUGUGCACGCUCACCCUCGGCGUCCUCAAGCUGGCCAUCUCGGACCAGUCCACCAGCCAGCUCAACACGGUCCGGUUCGAGCCGCCGCUCCCCGAGUGGAAACAGUCCGCCAUCCAGCGGCUCGGCUUUGGCAAUCUCAACAAGGUGGUGCUGUGCUUCGACCGGAUCUUCUGGGACCCGAACACGAACCUGUUUGGGCACGUGGGCAGCACGACCGCGAGCCGCGGCGAACUGUUUCUGUUUUGGAACAUUUCGCAGUCGCCGGUGCUGUUGGCGCUGGUGGCCGGCCAGUCGGCGGCCAUCAUGGAGAACGUGUCGGACGAUGUGAUCGUUGGCCGAUGCAUCGCCGUCCUCAAGGGCAUUUUUGGCAACUCGUCCGUCCCGCAGCCGAAGGAAACGGUCGUGACGCGCUGGCGGGCCGACCCGUGGGCCCGCGGCUCGUACAGUUUCGUAUCGGUUGGCUCGUCCGGCAGCGAUUACGACCUGCUGGCAGCGCCCGUAACACCCCGGCCCGAGCGACCGCCCAGCAGUAGUGGCCUCAACGGAGCAACAGCAGCAGCCGCAGGUCACAACACAACGAACGGCAGUGGCAAUGGCUGUGGUGGCGGAGAAGACGACGACGACAGCAAAGCGGACAUUCCACGGUUAUUCUUCGCCGGUGAGCACACGAUACGGAACUAUCCGGCGACGGUGCACGGGGCGCUGCUGAGUGGCCUGCGGGAAGCGGGCCGGAUAGCGGACUACUAUCUAGGAUUUCCCAACACGUACCCUGACGCUCCGAAGGAGGAGCCAAAAAAGUAGCAUUAACUAGAAAGAGAGAGAGCGAGAGAGAGUGUGAUUUUAAGGCAAAACGAUAGUGUAUUACUAAAGAAAAUAGGAGAACAAACUAAAAAAAAAAUCAGACAAAUGGUUCGAGUGAAAACUUGGCCAUAGAGACAAACAGAAAAAAACUUAACUCUAACUUAUUAUUGAGAUGUCGCUGCAGUUUACUGAAUAGUGAAAAAGCAAUGCACACCACUAAAAGCACACACACACACACACACACAAACGUCGUCUGAAGACGCUGGCGAAAGCUUUACGACGGGAUAUAUCAUUGAUUGUGACUGAUGAUAAAGAAAGAUUAGACAAACAAAAAAUACACACACACAGACACAGAAACAUAGUUUUAUUCUAGGUAUUUGAGAUUAAAUGAACACACACACAAAAACACCUUUCAGGCAUUUAAAUAGAUGUGACAUAAAAUGAG